CGCUGCGCCUGUGCGUGCGUCUCCGCGGGCGCGGAGCGGGGAGGUGCCGGCGGCCGUGACUGCCGGCUGGAGCGCGUCAGCGGCGGAGGCGGCGAGGGAAGGACGGGUUAGAAGACCGGCUGCCACUGUCUCGAAAUCUCCAGAGAAGAAGCCGAGGGAAUUGAGGAGAGGCAUCGCUAACCUAUGAUAUUUUCUUCCUGGGUGUUUCUUCAACUGUCUUGUGAUGGAGAGGAAAUGUUUUUGAAGUUAUAAUGGAUUUUAUACCACAUCAUAGCAAAAACUGUCCUUAUAGCAGCAUUUGUGUUUGAAGAGAAUAGACAUAAUUACAGAUAAUCAUGACAACUUCUCAUAUGAAUGGACAUAUCACAGAAGAUUCUGACAGUGAAGCAAAAAAUGUGGAUCUUACAUGUCUUGAGGAACCUCAAAAGCACAGAGAAAUGGCUGUUGAUUGCCCUGGGGAUUUGGGCUCCAGGAUGAUGCCCAUGCGGCGGAGUGCUCAACUUGAGCGAAUUCGUCAGCAGCAGGAGGACAUGAGGCGCAGACGGGAAGAAGAGGGAAAGAAACAAGAACUGGACCUUACUGCUUCCAUGAGGCUUAAGAAACUGGCACAAAUCCCUCCUAAAACUGGAAUAGAUAAUCCAAUAUUUGACACAGAAGAAGGAAUUAUUUUGGAGAGUCCUCAUUGUACUGUGAAGACACUAGAAGUGGAAGAACUGUUAACUUCUCUUAAGCAUAUCCAACACAUUUUGGUAGACCCUCAGAGCCAAGAGGAUAUCUCUCUCAUUUUACAACUUGUUCAAAAUACUGAUUUUCAGAAUGCAUUUAAGAUACACAAUGCUGUUACAGUGCACAUGAACAAAGCCAGCCCUCCAUAUCCUCUUAUCUCCAAUGCACAAGAACUAGCACAAGAGGUACAGAGUGUUUUGAAACCAAGUCACCACAAAGAUGGGCAGGAGCUUAGUGCUUUGCUGAAUGCCCCUCACAUGCAGGCACUCUUACUGGCUCACGAUAAGGUUGCGGAACAAGAAAUGCAGCCAGAGCCACUGACAGAUGAGAAAAUUUAUGAGAAUGUUGGUGUGUAUGGAGGGGAGACGGUUAAAAUAGUUCGUAUUGAGAAAGCUCGAGAUAUUCCACUGGGUGCUACUGUUCGCAAUGAAAUGGAUUCUGUCAUCAUUAGUCGAAUAGUCAAAGGAGGCGCCGCAGAGAAGAGCGGGCUGUUACAUGAAGGGGAUGAAGUUCUGGAGAUUAAUGGCAUUGAGAUUCGUGGAAAAGAUGUUAAUGAAGUUUUUGACCUAUUGGCUGACAUGCACGGUACUCUAACCUUUGUAUUGAUUCCCAGUCAACAGAGCAAGCCACCUCCCACAAAGGAGACAGUUAUACAUGUGAAAGCACAUUUUGAUUAUGAUCCCUCUGAUGACCCCUAUGUCCCUUGCCGAGAGUUAGGCUUGUCUUUUCAAAAAGGAGAUAUACUCCAUGUGAUCAGCCAAGAAGAUCCCAACUGGUGGCAGGCCUACAGAGAUGGAGAUGAAGACAAUCAACCAUUGGCAGGCCUUAUACCUGGAAAAAGUUUUCAACAGCAGAGAGAAGCAAUGAAGCAAACCAUAGAAGAAGACAAGGAGCCAGAAAAAUCAGGAAAACUCUGGUGUGCGAAGAAAAAUAAAAAGAAACGGAAAAAGGUUUUAUACAAUGCAAAUAAAAAUGAUGAUUAUGAUAAUGAGGAAAUACUGACCUAUGAGGAAAUGUCACUAUAUCAUCAACCAGCAAAUAGGAAAAGGCCAAUUGUCCUCAUUGGCCCGCAGAACUGUGGCCAAAACGAAUUGCGUCAGAGACUCAUGAAUAACGAAGUAGAUCGCUUUGCCUCGGCAGUUCCACAUACUACUCGGAGCAGGCGAGAGAAUGAAGUAGCUGGGAGGGAUUACCAUUUCAUUUCCCGACAGGCAUUUGAGAAUGACAUAGCUGCAGGGAAGUUUAUUGAAUAUGGAGAGUUUGAGAAGAAUCUCUAUGGUACCAGCAUAGACUCUGUGCGGCAAGUAAUCAACUCCGGCAAGAUAUGCCUUUUAAAUCUUCAUACACAGUCACUGAAGACACUACGCAAUUCAGACUUGAAGCCAUAUAUUGUAUUCAUUGCACCACCUUCACAAGAAAGAUUACGUGCUUUAUUGGCCAAAGAAGGGAAAAAUCCAAAGCCAGAAGAACUGAGAGAAAUCAUAGAGAAGACAAGGGAGAUGGAACAGAACAAUGGCCACUACUUUGAUACAGCAAUUGUGAAUUCUGAUCUUGAUAAGGCGUAUCAAGAGUUACUUCGACUAAUAAACAAACUUGACACAGAACCCCAGUGGGUGCCCUCGACCUGGCUACGAUGAAAGAGAACAAUUCCAAGGGAUGGAUGGACUUCUAUCAAGCAGCCUUUCAAAGGAGAUUGUGUGUAGGUCUGCUCAAUUCUAAUAAUAAAUGGGAGUGUAAGCUCUAGACCUUGGUGGCUAUAUACUCUGCCAGUGAAAUUGUGUAUUACUGAAAAAAUCCACUAGUCAGCUUGUGAGCUGAUUGAACUAAUUUAAGGAUUGUCCAAGUUUUCCUUCUCUGUGGCCUAAAAAUGGAGAUGCUGAAGUCAGUACUAAAUUCUAAAGCUUUAGAUACUUUUUUUCUAGCAACUACUUUUAUACAUAAAUACACCCUAUUUUUAACCUAGAAUCACCCUUAUAAAAUUAAAGAUUUUAAGUAUGUGCAUGUGUGUGUGUGUAUAUAUGUAGUCCACCUUGUCACAUAGUUAUAAAUAUUAAUGUUAUUUAACACUUAACUUAAUGACCUUGUGGGACAUGAUGGUAGUUCAGGAGCAUAAUUUUACAGAUCAUUGGGCAGAGAAAUAAUCUACAUAUUAAAUGUUAAUGAGAAAUCUUUCCUGUUUUUAAAAAUGCACAAAAUGAAGAUGCCACUCUGGUCUGGAGCAGCCCUGUGAGGCUUGAGUUUGUUUUUUAAUUCUAAAAAACAUUCCACUUUCUAAUAGCACUGUAAUUGGAAAAUAUGUAUAAUGUAAAUAUUUCAGUCCUUGGGUCUUUUUAGUCAGACUUUGUAAGUCAGGUAUGACUGCACAUUAAUUUUAGGUCCAAUCAAAGAUGAGUAUUAUAUUGAUCUUUAGAUGUGAUAUUUUUGUGGAAUUUUCAUUAAAAUUUAUUGACUGAUUGGAGCUGCUGUUCUCCACAGAUCUGUAGAGAUAUUUAGAAAGGCAAAGGUUAUAUUUUUAUGAAAAAUACAGUUAUAAAACAUGCUGAUUAAGAAUCAAAUUUUCUCAUGUUUUAUAACCAAGGAUACUGUCUAAAACAGAAUGAUGUGCUGAAUAUGGGAAGACAGUGGUGGUGGGGACGGUUCUCUCUGGAAAUGGUUCAUCUUGUGGCAGUUGCUCUAAUGGAUAGCUAACUGGAAUUAAAAUAGCUGAAUGUAGCUACUGUAUUGUAAACUAUUGUAAUUCACCAGCAACGUAUUGCCCUGCAUUUGCUCAGUACUGCAGUAGAAGUAUGUGUAAAAUACUGGCAGUUGACAGAGGAGUCACGAGAAAGGGGAAUAUUUGGAAAUUGUUAAAAAAAAAAUGAAACAAGUAAACAGAAGGCAAGGUCUAUCUGUGUCCUAGCAUGUUCUGCAAAGCAGGUCACAUCAUCUCUGCAUCUGCAGUAGGGCUGUUCUAUCGCUGAAGCUAAAUGAAUACUGUUACCUUGACUGGUUUGCUAAUCGGUAGCAUGAAGAACCUUGAAUGUGAAUGUUUUUUAAUUUUAGCCAUAGCAUUUCCUUGUUCCUACAGGUAAAACACUGGAGGUAUGUCAAUGUGUAGUUCACGCCUGUCUAAUGCUGAUGGAUGAAAAGGUAGUUGAUUUUUUUCCUUAUUGUCUUGCAUAUAUUCUUUCUUCAACUUUUGAUGGAACAAAUUCAUACCCAUUGUUGAGAACACAAAGUAUACAGCAAGUACAAAGAAAUUGUCAGAUCACUUUCCUACUUAGUGAACUAAUGUGCUGCAUUGAAAAAUGGAAACAUAGAGUGCAUUCCAGUCUUGUUAUAGCAAAAUUAUUUUCUAGUUUAAUUGUUUUCAGGGCUAUAUAUAUAUAAAAAAAAAGCAAUUCAUGAAGCCAGAUAGUGAUCCUUCAGAAGAGGAAUAGGGUUGGAAACUUCUAUCAUCUUCAGUUCAUUUCAGUGUUAAAAAUAAUAAUGUUCUAUCUGUUGGCCUGAGGGCUAGAGAUUCCAAAUAAUGGCUUUUUGCCUCACAUUGCAGGCGUGUUCUCACUGUAAUCCUAACUUUAUGACAGCUACAACAUUCAGUUAUAUUGAAUAGUCAGUGUAUCAUAGAUGAUGGAACAUCUGUUCUUCCCCUUCCCCUUCCUUUUUUUUAGAAAGAUGAUAAUUGUAGAUGUUUUAGGUUUUGUUAUUGACUAAUAGUUGGACAAGAAGGUGGAAAGCAUGUGAGAAGGGUGACCUAGCUCAGUUAGGUAGGUAUUGCCCAAAUUCUUGCAGUCACAAUCAGCAUAAGACAGUUGCUCUAUUCCCUUAUAUAUUCAGUGUUUAUAUGGAGUGUCAGUCACAUUAAAUCGUGUCAUUAUUGUAUUUGACUAAUUUUUGUCUCCCCAAGUGGUACACUGAAGUUGUUAUACAAUGAAGGUUUUGAAUGUAGACUUAGGGAAUGUUGCAUUAAGUUCAGCUCUACUCUGUUAAUUACGGAGACACACAGUACAUGCCAUCAUCCAUAUAGUGAGGUGCUAUGAUAGGUUAUAGCCAACAUAGUUUUGUCUUCAGCUGAAAGGCUUGAGCAGCACGCAGAAAUGUACCAGGCUGUCCAUAUGCCACCAGUUUGGACUGGAACUACCAUGUUGUACCAAGGCAGAACAAUUUCUUAAGAAGAAUGUGUAUUAACUUCCUUACAGUAAAAGAGAAUAUGCAAUCUUCGCUACUGAAAGACUUCAACAUUAUCACAGGCUUUUAGUGAGCUGUACCAGAAUGGAAGGAUGGUAUCGGUAUUUUUACCAGCCCAGAUGCAAUUAAAAAUAAACCUGUUAGUUGAAUUGCAUACGAAUUUUUGAAUGUAAUUAUAUGCGGCUUUUUAAAGUAUAACAUGAGGGUUUAAUGCCUUAAAAAAUUAAGGUAACUUUAUUGAGACCUGUGGUUAGCCCCACAUUGUACUUUUAUACAUGUACCUGCACUCUGUAUUUUUGAGACAUCAUGAACUGCACACUAAUGUAAAAAUGUAAAAUAUUUCUAGAUUUAAAAUAAAUCACUGUACAAUUUUA